AGAAUAAUCUUUGACAAUUUAUUUAUUAAUGCAAAAACAAAGAAUACUAAUUUAUCAUCUCAAGAAAAAAAAUUUAAAAAAAACACACAUAACAGAAUACUCAUUUGUUUCUGAAAAUGCAAUCAUUACUACAAAAAUCCUAUAUUUCAUACGCUACUCAACUGCAAUAAUACUGUUCAAACAUUUUAAUUUAAUUGAAAUAUAUAGUACGUACAAACCAAGAGAAAAAGAUUGAAUUUUUGUUCCAAAAAUAUACAUAAACCGCCAUUUUUUUACACAAGUAGAAAUAAAAAAUUCUCUCCUUUUCAGCAUAGUGCCAUCAAAAUCCAAUCUUGGAUAAACUCUCUUUGAAUCCAAGUUUAAUCUUCUUCUGGGUUGUCUUCAAACUUUAGUCAAGUACUGUGUCAAUGUCUAUGUCUCUCUCUUUCACAAUUUGUUUCUCUCUCUUCUUUCUCUCACUGACAUAUACUUUUCAAAUCUAGGAUUUAAAAACUCUUGAUCCUGUUCCUGUUUCACUACUUUUAUCUUCAUUUAUAAAACAUUAUAGUACUGUGUUUUUCUAGAACCUUUGAACUUGUUUUAGUUUGUAGUAUGUGUUUUUAAGGUUAAAAAAUUCCACCAAAUUCUGUGAUAUUCAGUUUUUGUUGUCUGCUGAAUUAACAAGGAAGAAAGAAAAAUGAAGUUGUUGUGUACUUCAUUGUUGUUUUUGGGUUUGGUUUCUAUGCUCUCUUUUGUAGCUUCUGGUUUGGUGGCAUCAAAUGAAGUUUCGGCGCUUACAACCUUCAAAGAAGCUGUGUAUGAGGAUCCACUUAUGGUUUUGUCCGAUUGGAAUACUUUGGAUUCAGAUCCUUGUGACUGGAAUGGAGUUUCAUGCACCGAGUCUGGAGAUCAUGUCAUCAAGCUAAACAUGUCAGGGGCAUUACUAAGAGGGUUUCUUGCUCCAGAAAUUGGGAAAAUAACCUACUUGCAAGAACUAAUCCUGGAUGGUAACAAACUCAUUGGAAUAAUACCGAAAGAAUGGAGCGCCUUAAAAUCGCUUAAGGUGUUGGAUUUGGGAAAAAAUCAGUUAUCAGGACCAAUUCCUCCAGAGAUUGGAAAUUUGACCGAAAUCGUAAAAAUAAAUAUGCGUUCCAAUGGUUUGACUGGUAGGUUACCUCCAGAGCUUGCAAAUUUGAAAUACCUUCAAGAACUUCGGUUAGAUAGGAAUAAGCUUGAAGGGUCUAUUCCUGCUUCUAGAACUUCAAAUUCUCCUUCAAAUAAGCAUCAAAUGUAUGCCUCAAAUGCAAAUUCGACUGGCUUCUGUCGUUUGUCACUUAAAUUUGCAGAUUUUUCAUAUAACUUUUUGGUUGGUAGCAUACCGAAAUGCUUGGAGUAUCUUCCAAGAACUAGCUUUCAAGGGAAUUGCCUCCAUGUCAAAGACAUAAAACAGCGGACUAAAGUUCAAUGUGCUGGAGCUUCACCUGCUCAGGGCCAUCCAGUAGUGAAGCCCCAUUCUAAAGCUGUACAUUUAUCAAAGCAUAAAGGAAGCUCAAAACCUGCUUGGCUUUUGGCUCUAGAAAUAGCGACCGGAACCAUGGUUGGUGCUCUCUUUCUGAUUGGUAUUCUCACUGCCAUACAAAGAUGUAACAACAAAUCAUCCAUCAUUAUUCCUUGGAAGAAAUCUGCAAGCGAAAAAGAGCAAAUUGCAGUAUCUAUAGAUUCUGAGAUGUUGAAAGAUGUGACGAGGUAUAGCAGACAAGAGCUUGAGGUGGCUUGCGAAGACUUCAGCAACAUAAUCGGAUCCUCGCCGGAUAGUGUGGUCUACAAAGGUACAAUGAAAGGUGGACCUGAGAUUGCUGCAAUUUCCCUCUGCAUCAAGGAAGAGAAUUGGACUGGACACCUUGAACUUUAUUUUCAGAGAGAGGUGGCAGACUUGGCAAGGAUAAAUCAUGAGAAUACAGGAAAGCUACUAGGCUAUUGUAGUGAGAGCAGUCCAUUUACAAGGAUGCUGGUUUUUGAUUAUGCAUCAAAUGGCACACUUUAUGAACUCUUACAUUGUUAUGAAGAAGGGUUCCAGUUAUCAUGGACGCGGCGCAUGAAAAUUAUCAUAGGCAUUGCGCGGGGACUAAAGUAUUUGCACACUGAAAUUGAACCUCCGUUCACUAUCUCAGAGUUGAAUUCCAAUGCUAUAUACCUUACAGAAGAUUUUUCCCCCAAGCUGGUUGAUUUUGAAAGUUGGAAGACGAUUCUCGAAAGAUCAGAAAAAAAUUCUGGUUCCGUUAGCAGCCAAGGCACUGUUUGUACUCUUCCAAACUCACUUCAAGCACGUUAUCUUGAUACCAAAGGAAAUAUUUAUGCUUUUGCAGUACUUGUACUUGAGAUUAUCAGUGGGAGAUCUCCAUACUGCAAGGACGAAGGGUACUUAAUGGAUUGGGCUAGGGAUUAUCUUGAAUUGCCAGAAGUAAUGUCAAAUUUGGUGGAUCCUGAGUUGAAACAUUUUGGAUCUGAUGAUCUCAAAGUAUUAUGUGAGGUGAUAACACUUUGUAUUAGUCCUGAACCUGAUGUAUGUCCAUCAAUGAGAGAAUUAUGCAGCAUGCUAGAGAGCAGAAUUGACACAUCAAUAAGUGUGGAGCUCAAAUCUUUAGCUUGGGCUGAACUAGCACUUUCACCAUAAAUUGAGUACUCAAUACUCAUAACUAACACCAUACACUGAAGCAGACCUAUAACAGAUUAUGCUUUUCUGACAACUUAAGUUUUGUUGCUUUUGAUUUUUUAUUUUCCCUUCUAUUUAGCUAUAUAUAUAGUUACCUGUAAAUGAUUGCUUUAAAAGGAAAUGUGUAAGGAUUAAUCCAUGACAAGUAUCUUGUAUUGAUGCUAACAAGUAAAAGUCCAUAAAUUGAUAAAUGAAUAGAAGGAGAAUGAUUGUGCUAUAGAAAAGGACCACAAAAGUUAUAACAACAUGGUCCUUUUUUCAGUUUCAAAA